AUGAGUGUAUCCUGCAUUUUAAUGCCAAUGACAGCCGAAGGAUGGAGGCAGUAUUAGCCAAGUAUGAAAACCAGAUAAAUGUGUUUUCGGAAUUCCUUGAAGACUUGCCUGACACCGACGAACCUGUAUGGGUUUUAGGAGAGUGUUACAAUGUUAAAACAGAAAAGACAGAACUCCUAUCAGACGUUCACUCGCGGUUAUGGUUCACCUACAGGAAAAAGUUCUCUCCCAUAGGCGGAACAGGGCCCUCUUCAGAUACAGGCUGGGGAUGCAUGCUACGGUGUGGGCAGAUGAUUCUCGCACAGGCCCUGGUAUGCUCGCAGCUGGGACGAGCCUGGCGUUGGAGCACAGAGGGAGGACAGCCAGAGGAGUACCAUCGUAUCCUCCACUGUUUCCUGGAUAGGAAAGACAGCUGUUACUCCGUACACCAAAUGGCUCAGAUGGGAGUCGGUGAAGGGAAGUCUGUGGGAGAGUGGUAUGGCCCAAACACAGUUGCGCAAGUACUCAAGAAACUUGCACUAUUUGAUGACUGGAAUUCUCUUGCUGUGUAUGUGUCAAUGGACAACACGGUGGUGAUCGAGGACAUCAAGAAGCAGUGUCGCCAGGCAAGCAGAGGGAGCAGAUUGMGGCCCAGACCCUGUGGCUGGGGGGAACCCUUCACCUCUGGAGAAACACCAGAGCAAGCCUGUUUGCACACGCACGGGAACAGAGCCACAGUGUGUCCACAUUCUCAAUCCCAGUCUCGUUCUGACUGGAGGCCCCUGCUGCUGGUCAUACCUCUCCGUUUGGGAAUCAACCACAUCAACCCUGUCUACAUCCAGGCCCUCAAGGAGUGUUUUAAAAUACCACAAUCCUGUGGUGUGCUGGGAGGAAAGCCCAAUCUGGCCUAUUACUUCAUCGGAUGUGUAGGAGAGGAGCUGAUAUAUCUGGACCCCCACACCACCCAGUCAGCCGUGGAGUCAGAGGCUGGCAGCGGAGUGGACGACCAGAGCUACCACUGUCUGAGGAGCCCACGCCGCAUGAAGAUCACCCACCUGGACCCCUCUGUGGCCCUGGGAUUUUUUUGUAAGAGUGAGGAUGACUUUGACAGUUGGUGUAGCCUGGUCCAGCAGGAGAUCCAGAUGAAGAGGAACCUGAGGAUGUUUGAGCUGGUGGAGAAUCACCCSCCCCACUGGCCCCCCUUCGUUCCUCCCACCAAACCAGAGGUUCAGACCACAGGGGCAGAGUUCAUCGAAUCGUCCGACAAGCUGUUUGAGUCAGAAGAGGAGUUUGAGAUCCUUAACGUGUGACCAGCUUCCCCUCCCCUCCGCCCAGUCCAGUGGAUGAUGGCGAUUGGGUUGAUUCCUUUGGCCACCAUCUUCCAUACUGUGCUGUAGAAGUGCCUCAGAACAACACCAAACAUUAACUGCUUACCACUUUGCAAAAAAAAAAUAAAAAAAAAAAUCACCCAACAAGAGACAAUACUAGAUAAGAAAAGAUUCUGGACAACAACUCAAAACAAAGUGACCAAAUGAAGGCAGAAACAUGAUGUACACAGUAAAUACAAGCUUGCACUGUCUCACUUUGAUGUUGUAACUAGGAAACAAAGCCAGGGUCCUACAGUAGGUGAAGACCGGGGUGAGGAUGAUAUCUCCUCGUUACACACUACCUCCUGACGCCAGGAGACAGCAAAUAUGCAGACACAUUUUUUYCCCAGGGUUAAAAUACAAACAUUCAACAAAUAACUUAAGAAAAGUGCCUCUCUUAAAUAUAUGUGUGGUAUUCAAUGGUUAGAAUAAGGGGUUUCCCAAGGUAUUGGUGUGGAACAUCCCCACUCAUGUAAAUAUGCCUGACAAUAAAGAUAUUUAAAUAUAUAUUGUAA